AUGUCUGAACUGGAGGAACUAAAAAAAGAGAUGGCAGAGAUGCAGAGGAGGUUUGCCGAGCAGGCAGGGGCACUUGACCAAUCCAGGGUGGAGCAGAGAGAAGCCCUAUCCUUAGCAAAGGUGGUAAUUGAGAGCCAGGCCUAUGCGCAAACGACCCCAGCUGCCAUUUAUAUCCCUAGAGACCGAAAGCUCCCUGAUUUCACUGGUUGCGUAUCAAAACCAGGAGAGCUGAAUAUUGAAGAAUGGGUGGCAUCAAUGAAGUCUGCAUUUCAAGUCAUGAGGGUGCCCACUGAGGACCGGGUUGAGCUGGUGAAACAGCACCUAAAAGAUGAGGCCAAAGCCACAGUGAAGUUCAUGAUGGACGGAAAAGAGGAAUCUGUUGACAACAUCUUCACUGUUCUCCUUGACACUUAUGGAGAUAAAGUGCCCAUUGGUACAAGGCUGAAAGACUUCUACGAUCGUGCUCAGAAUACAGGAGAAACAAUACGCUCCUAUGCAUAUGACCUUCGGGAAAGACUUAAUCGUGUUCAGCGCCGAGAGCCAGCUAGAGUGGCAGAUGCUGAAAAGGUUUUGAAAGAGCAACUGGUGCUAGGCCUAAAAGAUGACUUCUUACGUCGAGAGAUGAAGCGCAGAAUUAAGGCUGAGCCAGAUUUGAGUUUCGUGGAGUUGAUGCAAGCGGCAAUUACCUGGUCAGAAGAGGAGGAAGCACAGCCUUCUACUAAUGUCAGGCCCAGUACCCGUGCCAGAGGGGUAGUAAAUGCUGCUGCAGCACAGGAUGCUCCCUCCACUCUGUCUUUAGAGAAGUUGCAUGAAGCAAUUCAGAAAAUAGCUGCUCGUCAAGAGGAAUUAUAUCAAAUCGUUCAUGCAAAAGAAAGGAAUAGACCACAGCAGAGCCGUCCAAAGAAACUACCAUUAAAAGACAGUGAAGGCCGUUAUAUUUGUUAUUCGUGUGGUGAACCCGGACACACCAGUCGCUAUUGUCCACAAGGUGGCAAGUCUGGGAGGGGACCAACUCCACCACAGUGUAUAGUGGAGUCAGCUGAAGUUACAGAGAAAGACUUGGGAGGUGCAGUACAGAAAAGCCCAGGGCCCUCGUUGAUUAUAUGUCACACAGCAGAAUGGCUGGCUGAUGAGACCGCUGAAAAACUGAAGGAUAGUGCUUUUGGGGAUUGUCUCACUGUUGAGGUGAAGAUAGCCGGUGUCAAGACCAAGUGCCUCUUAGAUACAGGGUCAGAGGUGUCCACUAUCUCCGAGUCACACUUCAGACAGCACUUUGGGGAGCAAAAGCUUAAGUUGUCCUCUGCAUGCUGGGUUAAACUGACAGCGGCCAAUGGACUAGACAUUCCUGUCUUAGGUUGCUUACAGGCUGAUGUAGAAUGUCUGGGAAAAGUGCUUCCUAGGAAGUGUAUAUUCGUUCUGACUGACACAAGUCCCGACGUCAAGGAAAUGAAAGGAGUGUCUGGGAUCAUCGGUAUGAAUAUACUCAAUGACGUGCAGUCUCUGUUCAUCUCAACGGAGGGGAUGGAAAAGGUAGACAAGUAUAGUCAGCGAGAUGAAGCUCAAGUCCGGAGGGUACUUGCUAGAGUUGAGAAGGAAGCGGGACAUCUAGGGCCUGACGGAAGGAUUGGGUAUGUUAAGAUUGCUGGAAGACAAGCUGUCACUAUUCCUCCCCACUGUGAGAAGGUACUUGAGGGCCGCUGUGGAGUGUCACCUAGGGUGAAGAGUAAUGUGCUAGUGGAACCUGCAGCUGGCACAAGUUUGCCGAAAGGACUCUUAGUGGCUCACGUUCUUGCUAAAACAGACUGUGGAAAGGUCCCUGUGCGUAUGCUGAACUUGAGUGGAAAGACCAUUAGAAUUGCACCCCGAUCUAGAGUGGCUUCUGUUUUUAAGCCAAAAGAGGUGGUCACAAAGGAUGUUCUUGAAUUGGAGGAAGAUGACGGUGUACUUCAUGUCAAAGAAUUAAAGGAAGACAAAGUUCAGGCUGAUAAGAACUUACUCAUGCAGCCACCAGUUCCAGUUGAAGUAAACUAUGAAGGUCUCACACCAGCACAAUGUGAAAGGCUCGUCGAGUUGUUAUCAAAACACAGGGAUGUCUUCUCCAGAGAUGACCAAGAUUAUGGUUACACCACAGCUGUGGUGCAUGAAAUCCCUACUGGCGAAGCACCACCGAUAAAACAGCGUCAUCGUAGAGUACCACCACAGAUAUUUCAAGAAGUCAAAAGGCAUGUCCAGAACCUGGUGUCCCAGGGAAUCCUCAAAGAGAGCAGCAGCCCCUGGGCAUCACCCGCAGUUAUCGUAAUGAAAAAAGAUGGCAGUGUGCGUUUCUGCUGCGAUUAUCGAAAGCUGAACCAAGUGACGUAUAAGGACGCUUAUCCGCUUCCACGGGUGGAUGAGUCCUUGGAUGCGUUGGGCAACGCCAAACUGUUCUCUACACUGGAUUUGACUGCUGGGUAUUUCCAGGUGGCUGUGAGUGAGAAAGAUAGGGAGAAGACAGCCGUCACCACCCCAUUUGGGCUGUUUGAGUGGACCAGGAUGCCGUUCGGGUUGUGCAACGCUCCGGCCACCUUUCAGCGCCUGAUGGGUGUGGUGCUGGGUGACUUGGCCUUCGACAUUCUUCUGGUCUAUCUGGAUGAUGUCAUUAUCUUCUCAAGAGCUUUUGAAGGCCACUGUGAGAGGUUAGAACUUGUCUUUAACCGGCUAAGACAACAUGGUCUGAAGUUAAAGCCAAGCAAGUGCUUCCUUCUAAGGCCUGAAGUAAAGUUCUUAGGGCACCAGAUCUCCGCAGAAGGCAUAAAAGUGGAUGACGAGAAAGUUAAAGCUUUGGACACAUGGCCAGUUCCCAGAAAUGUGAGAGAAGUCAGGCAAGUGCUUGGUUUUAUGAGCUAUUACCGAAGAUUUGUCCCAAGGUUUGCUCAAAUUGCCAAACCACUACAUGCAUUGGUAAGUGGAGGAAAGAGAAGCAAGACCCCAGUAACAGUCACUUGGAGCCAAGAAUGCCAGACCGCGUUGGACGAGUUGAAAGGGUCCCCACCAACCCCACCAAUUCUGGCAUAUCCCGACUUCAGUGAGCCCUUUAGACUUACCACUGAUGGAAGACUGGGAGCAGGACUAAGAGCUAAUCUUGGCGCAGUUGAGCAGCGCUGGGUCUGGCCGAUGGCCGAGUACGACUUUGAAGUAUGCUAUAAACCUGGCCGAUACAACACGAAUGCGGAUGAAGGAUCCCACCGGAGGAGGGCGAUGAUGGAAAGGAUUUCAUCCGGCUAG